GCCGGGUGUACGAUCUCUGAAUGCAUUAUCGACUAGCUCGGCCGUACGACAACACAGUCCGUAGUCAAUAAAAUUUAAAAAAUUAAUAAAACAUAUUUUAUCUACGAAAACAAAAUGGUUGUUAGCGUGUGAAGUGAAGUUUUUUGAACAAUAUUUUUUGUUAUUAUUUUUUUGUUUCUGUUUUGUUAUUUAUUAAUAAUAAGUGAAAGUGUUUUAUUGGUUUUAAAAUGGCUAAACCGACUAUUCUGAUUCGUCAAUCGCUAUUCCACCAACAACGGCGGCACAUCGCCGGUUCAUCAUCUCAAAGGACUUCCACAUCACCCCAGCGUCGCAAUGUUGCCGCUCCGAAGCUGGCUACAUCUGCCGCACGGCCCUUCAACGAGAUCCCAGGACCGAUCGCCUUACCUAUGCUGAGACAUUCAGCUCAUGUGCUGCCUAGAAUUGGUAGUUACCACCAUACUGUUGGACUGGGUUUACUGGAAGGUCUUCGCGAUAAGUAUGGAGAUUUGGUGCGACUGGCGAAGGCUUCGAGAACAAGGCCUGUUCUGUACGUCUUCGAUCCUGAGAUGAUGAGAGAGGUAUAUGAAAGUUACGCUACGGAGCCUCCGCGCUUCGAAAAAUCGCCGCUUUGUCAACAUAGGAAGGUUGUGGGCCACUGUCCAGUGCACGGAGACGAAAACAAAGCUAUUUGGGCAGCAAUUCGCGCGCUUUUACAAGAUGGCAGCUUACUGAAAUGCUACGACCAAGCUUUCGAUGAUAUUGCAGCUGAUAUCACGAGGAGAUUGGGAGAUCUACGUCAUGCAGAAAACGCUUUAAACGAUGAAUUGGAGACUGAAAUCUACCGAUGGGCCAUCGAGACUAUUGGCAUGAUGAUCUUUGGGAUCAGAUUGGGCUGUCUUGACGGUCCCGUGCAUAUACCCACUGCUGAUAACCAGAGACCAGAAAAAACCUCAAUGGAUGACGAGAUCCACGACCUCUGUUCCUUGGCGAAGCGUUCCUUAGAAGAACUGACUCCAGCAGAAAGGCUGGUCCGAUGCAGCCGAGAUAUAGCUGACGGUAGCUUCCUCGUCAGGAGCGAAGGCACGCUGAACCCUGAGAACCCGACCUUCAACAGUGCUCUAAAGGCCUUUGACAGACAUUUUACGCUCACAGAACAUUUCCUGAUGAAAGCACUGAAUUCCCUCAAUUCCGAAGAGUUGAGGCCUGAACAGGUUUUACUCGACAAAUUACGACCUCUGCAGAGGCGGAUCCUGCCUCUAGCUGCUGAUAUUCUACUAGCCGGCGUACACCCUCUCGCCCAAACAGCUUUAAACAUGUUCUACCAACUAUCUCUUCACGCCGCUCGCCAGCAAAGAGCUCAUGAUGAAGUACACUGGUCCAUAGCAUCCAGGGAAGCAGGUUGUGAUACUCCAGAACUGCCCUAUGUGGCUGCCUGUGCUCGAGAGGCCAUGAGACUUCAUCCAGCUACUGGUGGAGUUGUCAGAAGGAACAGGGAGGCCAUAAUUGUUGGUGGCUAUGAAAUACCUGCUGGGGUGGACAUAGUCCUCGCUCACGGUGUCACAAGCAAAUCUGAGAAGCAAUGGGGUAGAGCAAAGGCCUUCGUUCCAGAAAGGUGGUGCAGUGAAGGUUGGGAGCCUUUAAAAGCUUCCAGAGCUCAUCCCUUAGCAUCCAUGCCCUUCGGAGAAGCCUGCCCAGGUACUGGCGUAGUUGGAAAAAUGCUAGCUUCGUUAACAACAAGAGUUUUAGACAAAUACAGGCUAGAAUGGCACGGACCUGCCCCCAAUAUGGCUACAGUUGGAGUCAACAGAAUGCAUCCGCCUUACUACUUCGUUCUGCAGAAUGCUGCUUGAAUAUUGAUUGUGAUAUAGGAUUAAGUUUUAGAAUAGUUUUGUUUCUUUCGGUAGAAAUACUUGUAAGUAGGUACUUGUUGGAUUGUGGAUUGUUGCUGUCUGUUUGGAACUUAUAGCUGAAGGAUUUCUAUAAAGAUGAGAAAAUGGGAUGUCUAACUUAUUAUUGACGAUUCUUUCUCUAUAGCUUUUUUGUGAGGGGA